AUGGUCUCCAAAUCUGGCACCACACUUCACACUCUGCCAUGUGAGGUUCUUCUUUUGAUUGCACAUUUCUUGCCCCUGGACAGUCUGUUCGCUGCAAGCAGAGCGUCUUCCCGGCUAUAUUCCACGCUGAAUCCUUUGGUCUACCGCUCACUGACCAUCCGCGCAACGGACGAGUGGGCGCUCAAUGUGCUUGAUGUCGACUCCUUCUUUCUCCAUCACGAGGAAUCACGAGCCAGAAGCCUGUUGCAGCAUACCAAGCAUCUACAUAUCCAGGCGCCAAUUCACCACGCUCGCUUCAACCGAUGCGCAUACUACAGCAUCUUUCGCAUGGCCGGAAUGUCAGAGCACUCGCCCGUCAAUGACGCUUCCCAUGAAACAACCAUACACCAACGUUUCUUGAGCGACAUUGACCAACAAAUCUUACGAGUAUUUGCGUGCUUAAAGCCGAACAGCCUGCACACGUUCCAGUGGCGACUGGGGAUUUGCAUCCCAAUGGGCAUUUUAGGACAAGGAGGUUAUUUGAGUCAACACCAAACAAGCCUCCAACAUCUCGUCCUUAUCACCGAUGGCACUUGCCCUCGGGCCCAAUAUCCUCUCGAAGGACUGUCUAGCUUUCCAUGCCUAAGAAGCUUAGAGUGGGAGGGACUGCAGCAUCCCGCCGAAGCAAUGUCGCUGCGGGAAUGCAUUGAUCGGAAUCGAACGCAUCUCGCCAAUCUCACAGUCGGUUUUAUCUCAUCCGCUUCCGCUCAAUCGCUGUGCUGGGAGGUCUUUGCGGACCCCUGGCACGAGCCCGUGGGUCAUGCAGAGGACAGUCGAGAGACUCCGAUCAAUUCAUCCCUCGUAUCACUAUCACUGUCCCGUAUCACGCUUCCAUCCGAGCUCUCUCGCGGUUAUAUCUCCACCUUUACUUCUCUGAAAUCUUUGUCGCUAUUCAAUUGUCCGAACCAGCUUCGCCUUUUGCGUUCGCUAUCGAGAGCAUCCAGAACCAUGCAUCUGGAGAGUUUCCAGGCAUGCUUCGACUUCCUGUUACAUAGUUCGGAUGAAGGUUGCGCUGGUGUAGUUGCUGAUUUCCUUGGCUCUUUUCGUGGACUACGGGACCUGUGCUUACGUUUAUCGAAUUUCCCAUUAAACGAGACGCUCGUCAAGGAGGGUAUUCAAUCGCAUCAUUCCACUCUAAGAUCCCUUGUGUACCAUGAGCGACAGCUGAUUCCGCUCGAUGACCAUGAUGGGCUGUUCGAAGAUGAACGGGAUGUGAGUCCUGUUUGGAUUGCAGAUUUGUCUUCUGUGGUUGACCUGAGACAAAUAACUGCAUUGGCGCUAUCGAUGAAUCCAGCGGCAGCGCAACGACACCUGGAGCCGUCACGUGAGCAUUCCACGCUGGAGCUUUUACACCUGCGUUUCAGCGGACCCGACUACAUGCACCGUUACCUCACGCGAGAGAUUGAUUCUCUUUUGCGUAAAUCACGACAGCCAUAUCCUCUCCGUGACGUCACAGCCGACCCGUUUCUUCCUCUGUAUGUGGAGAAUUAUGAGACAGAGCAUAGUCAUUGCGAUCUAGCGGCGGCCCAAUACGGCCCGAGAGCAGAUGCUACGCUGUCUACAUCAUAUACAGAGGCAGACGAAUUUUUGUCAUUCGCUAAAUGGGCUUUCAGCCCAGACGGGCUACCAUCUUUACAAGUGCUGGGGUUUGGGGACUUCUCUCAUGAGGACCGGUAUCGGUCACAGCGCUUUUUAGUGCGCCGGCUGGGGUCGUCAAAUAUUCCCCGCCCUACUCCCGAAAUUCUGCCCUUCUACCCAAUAGAGUUAUCCGACCCUCACAUUUGGGAUGGUGUCUCGGUGGAUGGUGCUCGUUUCCUCGGCGCGUGUCCAGGGGGCGGUAUAAUGGAAUCGCCGUACGAAUUUUGA